UAGGGCACAUAAGCCCGGCAAGGGAGGGGGCUACACCAGCAGAGGGGAUCAGCUGAGGAGGGCUACCUACUUACCUACCGUCUAGGUUCUUUGUUUACAAACAAUUAUCUCGCGUAGUGCAAACAAAUCGGGUUGGUACAGCACUCUAUUGCCACACGAGGACGGCUGUAAUCGUGCCGCGUUGUGCCCCCGUACUUGAACAUCCGCCUGUGUGCACUAUUGCGGUGAAGGCCUCUUGAAGAUAGUGUAGUGUUUCGCACCGGAACCAGUUGGGCACGAACGGGCUAGACGGUUGGUUCGUUCUUGUUUAGAUACACAUAGAGACACAACGCCAUCGUCCCAGCCUGCUGUGUGUACACUGAGACACGCUAAUUGAUUGACCGAACCGAACGAAUACGUCGUAGAAAAAAAGGCAGCAGCAUGAAGUACAUACUCGUCACCGGUGGUGUGAUCAGCGGCGUUGGCAAAGGAGUUAUCGCCAGCUCGUUCGGCACGCUGCUCAACGCAUGCGGCAUACCCAUAACGUCGAUCAAGAUCGACCCUUACAUCAACAUCGACGCAGGAACGUUCUCCCCAUACGAACACGGUGAGGUGUUUGUUCUUGAUGAUGGCGGUGAGGUGGAUUUGGAUCUGGGAAACUAUGAGCGUUUUCUGGACAUUGUGUUGCACAAGGACAACAACAUUACUACGGGCAAAAUGUAUAAAAUGGUGAUCGAUAAGGAGCGCAUCGGGGAUUAUCUUGGCAAAACCGUUCAAGUGGUUCCGCACAUAACGGACGCCAUCCAGGAAUGGGUGGAGCGGGUAGCGAAGCAGCCGGUAAAGGACAACAUCGUGCCGGAGGUGUGCAUCGUCGAGCUGGGCGGCACGAUCGGUGACAUCGAGGGCAUGCCGUUCGUUGAAGCCUUCCGCCAGUUUCAGUUUCGCGUGAAGAAGGAAAACUUUUGCGUGGCGCACGUGUCGCUCGUUCCGUUGCCGCGGGCUACCGGUGAACCGAAAACCAAACCAACCCAGGCAAGCGUCCGUGAGCUGCGCGGGUUUGGGCUGAGCCCGGACAUGAUCGUGUGCCGGUCGGAGAAUCCGAUCGGCGAUGAGGUGAAGGACAAGAUUAGCAACUUCUGUCACGUGUCGCCGGAUCAGGUGAUCUGCAUACACGACCUGUCCUCAAUCUAUCACGUGCCGCUGCUAAUGGAGCAGGCCGGCGUGGUGGACAUUCUGAAGGAGCGGCUGCAGCUGAAUCUGCCCACGCCGAGGCCGGCGAACUUUAUGCAAUCGUGGCGCGAUCUGGCGGAACGGGUGGACAAUGUGUACAAGAAGGUGAACAUUGCGCUGGUCGGGAAGUACACGCGGCUGCAGGAUUCGUACGCGUCCGUGAUGAAGUCACUGCUGCACGCAUCGAUUGCGGCCGGGUACAAGCUUAACCUGACGUUCAUCGAUUCGUCGAAUCUGGAGCGCGAGACGAAGAUAGAAAACACCAGCCUGUACUACGAUGCGUGGCACGAUCUGACCAACAGCCAUGGUAUCAUUGUCCCUGGUGGGUUCGGUUCGCGUGGUUUAGAGGGCAAAAUCCGUGCGUGUCAGUGGGCACGCGAGAAUGGCAAACCGAUGCUCGGUAUAUGUCUCGGUUUACAGGCUGCCGUCAUUGAAUUCGCUCGCAAUGUGCUUGGAUUGGAGGGCGCGCAUACGACGGAAUCGAACCCGGACACACCCCAUCCCUUGGUGAUCGACAUGCCCGAGCAUCAUACGGGCGUGUAUGGCGGAACGAUGCGACUUGGCAAACGGACGACCAUUUUCCGGGGCGACAGCAAAAUACGUCAACUGUACAACAACAAGCAGCAGAUCGAGGAGCGCCACCGGCACCGGUACGAGGUGAACCCGGACUAUGUGGCACAGCUCGAAUCGCACGGCAUGCGCUUCGUCGGCACGGACUCAGAAAAGGAGCGCAUGGAAAUUAUGGAGCUGAAAGACCACGUGUACUACGUAGCGACCCAGUUCCAUCCCGAGUAUCUGUCGCGCCCGCUCAAACCUUCGCCACCGUUCCUGGGGCUGAUACUGGCAGCGGUCGGUAAGCUCGAUUCCUACCUCAAGGAUGGGCAGAAGCUGCUCCAGCAGCAGUGCAGCCCGAGCAGCACAAUGCCGAACGAUAAGGUGAACGCGCAGGAGCUUAAUCAGAUCCGCGAGCGUGCCAAUGGACUGAAGAGUGAGGCGAGCACAUCCGCUGCGGUGCAGGUGAACGGUGCGGUUCCGAGCAAGCAAGAAUCGCCCAUCAAAAUGAACGGGGUGCAUACGAAUGGAACGGAUUAAAGCGGGGAAGCAUCGCCGGUUAAAAGGUAAGUAUUUCAACGAUAAGGUUUUUCGGUAAAAAAAGAGCUGGCAGAAUGGUUGAGACAGCUACACAAUUCUUCCAACUGCAAAGCGUAACAGAGCGAUAGUAGGUUCAGCUGUGUAAAGUUAAAACCCAAGACAAGUCAGUGGAGCUGUGCAUCGUGAAAAUCACGCAAAAAAAUCAAUGCAUUCAACAGAAUGUGUCUGAUUGAUAAAGAAAUCCAAUUUCUAGAAUUAUAUACAAUUUCUUACCGAUUGAACAGUUAAACAGUUGAACUUGUGCCGCCGAAAGGGUGUAGUUGCGCGAGACGCUUGAAAUAAAUAGAGCUUAACGAAUAGGUUUUAAUUGUUCAUUUGCCAAUCAAUUAUAGUUUUUAAGCGCAUCCAGCAGCAGCAGCACAACAAUUUACUUUUGUUUGCUUUUUCUUGAUUAAAUGUCUAUCUGAGGAGGCUCCCUGCAAUUUUCACUGCAACAGAGAGAAAGAGAGCAAAAAAAGGAGAAAAGAACUUGUGAUAAACAAAGCUCGAUAUCUUAUUUUGGAUGGAAUUGAUACAUUACUGUUACUACAGUUUUACUUACAUUGCCUUUUUGAAGAGUUACAAACAAAGCGGAAAUAAAAAUUGUGACAGAACUAAGGAAAGGAACUGCAUCUGCUGAAUUAAUGCACAUUUUUUUACUUAUUUCAAUGAUCAUACACAGUGCGGGAAGGUAGCGUAUGAAUAAGAAGAUGAUAUUUUGAGGGUUUUUUUUUGGUAAUAUUUGUUUAUUAACAAGAUGAUAUAUUAAUUACAUGCAUCAAACGGUGUUAUAAUUCCAAUCCUCAAUAGAGCAAGGAUUGUUUUUCGUUCAACUGCACUUUUAUAACUCUUCUCUGAUAUUGAAAGAGCAAAUAAAUGAUAAAACAGAUUUGCUGGGUUAAAUUUGAAGGGUCAAAUGAUCAUUGUUUAUCCAUCGGAGAAUGCAAUUCCUUAUCGUUUGAUGUUUGAUUUAACUCAUAGUUCAGCUCAGCUUGUUUAAAAAAAUUAAUACACUCAAAAACCACCCGAAAAAUCAUUUUCUCCUUCACGCAACCACUGUACGCGCACCUUUAGGUAGGAAACAAAUUGUAUAAAGAAAACAAUUAAUAAUGAUAUAGUUUCUAGCAAUAUUCAAAUUUUUAGCAGCAAACAAACACUUAAUCCAAUAGCAAACAAACGAUAGUUUUAAGUGGUCGCGAAAAAAGACUCCUAAUUAGAAUGCAAUUGGUGCUCCAUUCAUUGGCUCUAAGUUUCCUAGCACCAGGAUCAUGUAAGUGUGAUCUAAUAUGAUCUUUUCUUUUCUAUAUUCUUAACAAUUAAAUAAAGUAUAUGAAAGUGUUUAAAAUCAACAAUAACAAAAAAAAAUGUUAUCAUUUUUAAUAGUUGUUUGGAAUAAAAUAAAUCCAUGUCUAAUUGUUCAAAACCAA